AUGCGUUAUUUAAUUGCUAUACCUAUGUUAGCAUUAGUUGCUGCGGUGAUCUCAGCCCCAGUCAAUAACGGCUUAUCACCACCUCCACCAGGUGGUUCUCCGCCACCACCGCCACUAGGCGGUUCUCCACCACCACCACCAGCAGAUGGUUCUUCACCACCACCCCCACUAGACGGUUCUCCACCACCAGCAGAUGGUUCUCGACCACCACCACCACCACCACCGGGCGGUUCUCCACCACCAGCAGAUGGUUCUUCACCACCACCACCACCCCCCGGAUCUAGAUCGUGA